AUGCCAGGAUUGAUUGUACAAUUCGUGCUCCUUUUUAUAACUUGUACAGGCAGUUCUUCAGGAAGUAGCUCGUACAUUGAUGCAUAUACAUCUGCUGCUAGUGAUGUAUUGGGUGUGGGUGCUAUCGUCGCUAUUGUGGUUGGAUGUCUUUCCGGUCUGGGUGUAUUUAUUGCCAGCAUUGUAGUAUUAUGCAUCCUGGCCAAGAGACAAAAACGAGCUCGAAUAUGGGCUAUUCAAGCACAACAGCAAGCUAUGAAUCAGUCAAGUAUCAUUAAUGGUACACAACAACAACAACAACAACAACAACAACAACAGUGGCCACCUGCAACUUAUCAGAAUCAGUAUCCCUUUGUUGUUAAGACGAAUUAUGUUAAUCCACAAUAUCCACCACCAUAUUCCUCAAUCCAAGCUCCCAGAAUACAAACCUAA